AUGCAUCUAUCGGCACGUCUUCUCAGCUCGACGGCUCCAAAAUGGGACAUUUUCGCGUCGGUGGUGCUCGCGAGGCCGCCCGUCGUCGCGCCGCCCAUGUCCGACGUCGAACAGCGAUUCCACCGACUUCAGAAGGCCGAAGAGCAAGAAAAGAGUCUCAUGUGCAAUUACGAGCUCAAAACUAAACAGGACCAAAAGUAAUUUUGAUUGCCCCUCUAAAAUGCGAGAACAAUCGUACAAUUUUCACAAGUCGCUAACAGUAAGACUGUGAAAAGGUGGAAACGGAAAAACUUUUGUUUUCACAAAAAAAGGAUCGGAGAGAGCAGAAAAAUGACACGCGAGAGCGCCGUUUGUCAAACGAGCCAUUUGACAAAAUGCAUGCAUGCGCCAAACAAAAUUUCGGCAAUUUCAGAAUGCUGGCGCGACGUGAGCAACUGCUGAGCGAAGGAAAAGAGCUCUCGGAGCUCGACGAGGAGAUCGGAGUGACGAAUGCGGUGCGGGAGGACGAGUGGAAGCGGAAGGCGGCGGAGCUCGAGCAAAAGUACAAAUUCUCGAGCAACUCGACGACGUCGGACCCGAAAAGCGCCGAACGGCUGCUCGACCGCAAGAUUGUGCUCAUUGUGAAACAGAAAUUGGGCGAGAAGAAGUACGCGUCGCCGUGGAUUCUGCCGCAGAUGAAACAUCGCCAAGGCGAGACCCUCAGACAGGUAAGAAAUAAUGCGCCUCUCUUAAAAAAUCAUCUACUUUUUUGCAGACAGCCGAACGAUGCAUCGGCGAAAUUUCGGCGGGAAAUUUGGGAGCGUCGAUCAGCGGAAACGCCCCGUUCGCAGUGUUCACGCACAAAUAUCCGUCGCCGAUCGCCCAGAAAACGGGCGCCUCGGGAGCGAAAAUCUUCUUUUAUACUGCCAAUUUAUCGUCGACGUCGUCGAAAGAGGAAUUCCGAGCGAACGAGGACGACGUCGCCGAUUUCCAGUGGGUGUGCCGCGAGGAAUUCUGGAGGACCGUGCCCGGAACCGACUACAAAAAGGCCGCUCGUUUCGCGUUUUUGGAAUAA